AAUGAAGAAAGCGCCAAUCUGCCGCAUCACACUGACAGCUCUUGUUGCGCAAUGCGUAAAUUGAGUGAGCUAACUGCAAGCAAAGCAAGACAGGAGAACGGCGUCAGCAAUUGGUGUUGGAACUCGGAACACUCCAGGUAGAAAGCAGCCUGAAUGCAAUGAUCUUUAACCUACCCGCCAGCCAUUUGACUUCGUCAGCUCGGUGUUUGCUUGAUCGGGCAGCUUCCCAGCCUCUUUGAAGCCACUAGAAGUUGCACGCACGGGACUAUACUUGUCCAGUAGGGGGGAUGGGGGACGCAAAUAUGAUCCUAUAGCCAGCAACCUGUGGGUCGGAUGCAGCGGUCAACCUGGGCGAAGCAAUUGCAACACAAAAGAAAGGCGCACUGCAUUUGCUGAGCAAGGCGGCAUUGCCUCCCAUCAAUUGCAAUUAGGUUAUUUUGCAACUCUGCAACAAAUGUGGCCAAUUGCAUACUUUUGACACUGUCAGAAGGCGCGAUCAGUCUUACAGAUCUCUGGCUGAUUGAGAGUGUCAAUGGACCCUUCUGGGAGCUCCGGCAAGCCGCGGCCAGUGCCAGCGGGCUCCACAUUGUACAAGAACAUUGGCACACUGCACACCCUCAACAGCACUCUCAGUGAAAUCAAGGACGGAGCAAUCUUUGUCAAAGGAAACGUUAUCCAAUGGGUGGGGAAGACAAAGGACUUGCCGGCGGAAUUCUCGACCGCCGACGAUGUCAUCAGACUGGAGAACCGCGUGGUUAUCCCGGGUAUGGUUAACACUCACCAUCACAUGGUCCAGUCUCUAACUAGGUGUGUGGCUCAGGACUCGAAAUUGUUUGGGUGGCUCACUUCUCUUUACCCAGCCUGGGGCAACCUGUCGGGUUACGACGUGUACAUUGCGACCAAGCUCGCCAUGGCGGAGCUUAUUCUCACCGGCUGCACUACCACGUCCGAUCAUCUCUACAUCUACCCCAACGAUGUCAAGCUGGAGGACUGCAUCAAAGCGUCCCGAGAGAUCGGAAUGCGAUUCCAUCCUACCAGGGGGGCAAUGACGCUGGGCCAGAGCAAGGGCGGGCUCCCCCCCGACAACGUGUGCGAAGAAGAAGACGCUGCACUUGCGACGAUGAAGCAACUGAUCGAAGACUUCCACGACAAUUCGAAGUACUCCAUGCUGCGGAUGGGCCUGGCGCCUUGCUCUCCGUUCACCGUUGACAACAGCCUCAUGAUUGCAGCGGCCAAGCUGGCGCGGCAAUACGAAGGGGUGCGGUUGCACACCCACUUGGCAGAGAACCAGGAAGACAUCGACUUCAGCAUAAAGACGUACGGAUGCCGGCCCGGCAAGUACAUCACUGACGUCGGCUGGGACGCGUCUGACGUCUGGUUCGCCCACUGCUGCAUGCUCGACGACGCAGAGAUGAAGCAGUUCCACGACAACGGCAUCGGCAUCGCGCACUGCCCCUCGUCCAACCUCCGACUGGCCUCAGGUAUCGCUCCGGUAAGGACGCUGUUAGACACCGGGGUUAACGUGGGUUUGGGCGUCGACGGGAGUGCGAGCAACGACUGCGGCCACCUGCUAGCCGAGGCGCGGCUGGCGAUGCUCCUACAGCGACACACCGGAAAUGCACAAGGUAUGACCAUCGCCGAAGCUUUCGACGUGGCGGUUAAGGGCGGCGCUCGGAACCUAGGGCGUGACGACAUUGGCGAGAUUGCUUCGGGUUAUGCGGCUGACUUCGUAGCCUGGAGGACGGACACGAUCGGCUUCUCCGGGGGGAGAAUUGACGAGGCGGCGGCGUUGUUGCUUUGCGGCCCCAGCGUUGGAUUCGUGGACCUUUCCGUUAUCAACGGAGAGGCCGUUGUGAAGGACGGCAAGUUUACGACCAUUGAUCUCACCGAGUUGGUGAAAGCCCACAAUGCGUGCUCGGCACGCAUUUGUAGCUUCCUAGGCCCAAAUUGGAAAACCGGGUCCGAGCCAGCAGUGUAAAUCUGGGCGAAAUAUUGGACGGAUCUUAUAAAUUAGUGAAUUGUGUAAAGUGUUGCCAUUGUGAGUCUGAAGUUUGAAAAAGAAAAGAAAAUGUAUUGCUAAGAUGUGGUGUUAAAGCUUUUCCAGUACAAGAUACGAUAGUUUUAGAGACUGGUCGUUUGGGGUUCGAGGUCGUAUAAUAAGGCCAAGCAGAUUGAUUUUAGUAUGCCCAUAAUUGGUAUCAACUUACUUUGGCUGAGUCUAGGUGUAUGGAAUGUCAAGCUAUCUGCAAGUCUUUCUCUGCAAGUCUUUAUAGUACUGAUCAUCGGAUCGACUGAACAGUUUCAAGAUUUCAUUGUCAUUUGCACCAAAUUUUAGGCUUUAUUAUGAGGAUUAUGAUACAAUCAUUGACUCGGAAUCACUUGAUGAUGGAAAUAUAAUAUUAGAGUGGAUCGGCUUAAUUGGGACC